AGCACCGCAAAAUUCCUAUAUAAAAGGGUUAGGGCUAAAGCCUUCUUCGUUGUCCAUGCAAUAGGCUUCGCAUUAUAUAUCUUUCUGGUUUCUAUCAAAAGAGAAUUAAGAUGUCUCAUCUUGGGAAGACCGAAAUAGACGUCCACCUGAAUGCCUCUGCCCAGAAGUUUCAUGAAAUGUUCACCAGCAAUCCUCAUCACAUAGCCAACAUUAGUUCUGCUAAAAUCAAGUCUGUGACUAAGCUUGAAGGUGAUUUCUCAAAAGCCGGCUCCAUCGUUGUCUGGAAUUACGUUCUUGAUGGGAAGGAGGGGGUGGCGAAGGAUGUGAUCGAAGCUGUGGAUGCAGCUAAGAACCUGAUAAUUUUCAGGGUGAUAGAGGGGGAUUUCCUGAAGCAUUACAAGAGCUUUAAGUUCAUAAUUCAAGUGAGCCCAAAGGCAAAAGGAAGUGUGGCUCACUGGACUCUUGAGUAUGAGAAGUUGCAUGGGAGAAUCCCAGAUCCACACACUGUGAUGCAGUUGGCGACAGAACUGAGCAGAGAAAUUGAUGCAAGCCUCACCCAGGGACAGCACAGGAAGAACAGUUAUUGGGGAAGGCGGGAGUUGAUGUGCACAUUAAUGCUUCUGCAGACAAGUUUCAUGAAAUGUUCAGCAGCAAGCCACACCAUAUUCCCAAUAUUUCUCCUGCUAGAAUUAGAGAUGCUAUUCUUGAAGGAAGUUGGGGCAAGGUCGGUUCCGUUAUUACCUGGCAUUACGUCCAUGAAGGGAAGAACCGUGUGGCUAAGGUGGUGAUUGAAGCCAUAGAUGCAGACAAGAAUCUGAUCAGUUGGAGAAUUGUGGAGGGAGAUAUCCUCAAGGAUUUCAAGGCCCUGAUUACUACCUUGCACGCAAUUCCAAAGGAUAAAGGGAGUUUGGUGCAUGUCAUCCUGGAAUAUGAGAAGCUGAAAGGUCACAUUCCUGACCCUCACACUCUCAUAGACUUGGUAGCUGAAGUUGUCAGAGACAUUGAUGCUCAUCUUGUUACCCAGUAGUAGCCAUCUUUGAAGCUUAUCUUUAGCUCUACUAUAUAUUGAUCUUAUUUAUAUUUUCAGAUUUCUGAGCCAUGCGAUUUGAGUCUCAUUGACUUCCUAGAGCAUCUCAAUUAAGGUGUUAAAUUUCAUAGAAGAAAGGUACAAUGUGUGCGAGACGGUGAACCUCGCAUAUUGCAUCGUUUUCUUUUAUUGAAAUCAACACUGUUAAUUUCUUAAAAAAUUGAGAGAUUCAAAUCCUCAACUCCAGCGCGUCCGUCCUUGUGGAUGUUAUAUAUACUCCAUUGUGUGUAAUAAAAACAGCUUCCAUCAGAAGUUGUUUCUAAUGCUCGUAUAUUGCGAUCAGCUGUAAUAUGUGAUUGUAAGCUAUGAAAUCGAUGGUCGAGUGUUAAUUUGCU